AUCGGGAUCAGUGUGAUGUGAUGGUGAACGGAUGAACAUCUGGCUGCCACGUGUUGUGUAGUAUUUUUUUACUUGUAUCUUUUCCCCGGCAGCGGGGUGUAACAGUAGUGUGAGCAGUCCUGCGGAGCGACAUGUGUGUGGGAGUGUUGCUGCUGCUGCUGAGCAGCGGCUGGGCCGCCACGCUGCAGCAACAGGCGCGUCAGCCCGGAGACCCGCAGCCCGGAGACCCGAAGCCGGCUGCCUGCACAGAGGUGAACCUGGGCUAUUGUAAUGAUAUGGAUUACUUAAGAACAAUAUUCCCCAACAUCCUUGGCCAUCAGAGUGGUUGGGAAGCAGAGUCAGGGGCAGAGUAUCUUCUUCUGAGUGUCAUUCAUGGCCUGCUCAACGGUGAGUGCUCCCCUGAGAUUCGGCUGGUAGGGUGCUCGGUGCUGGCCUCGCCAUGCCAGGAUAACAAGAUGAUCAAACCCUGCCGCAGCACAUGUGAGACACUGAAGAAUGACUGUGCCCAUGCCUUUGAGGCCAUUGAGAUGGCCUGGCCCUAUUUCCUGGAUUGUGACCGCUUCUUUGCCAGUGAACAAGAAGGUUGCUUUGAUCCGCUGACAGGGCUGAAAGCCAGACAGGAGCUUGCAGUGUCCAGUCUUUCCCCUGAGGAACCCAGCACCAUCAUCCAGUUCACCUAUACCUCCAAUGCACAGAUGUACAGCUUGCUUAAGAGAACAGCAGCCAAAUGCUCCCAUAUCUCUCAUGUAUACAGCAUUGGACGCAGCACUGAGGGUAGAGAUCUACUUGUGAUUGAGUUCACUGACAACCCAGGACAGCAUGAGCUAUUGGAACCAGAAAUCAAGUUGGUGGGCAACAUGCACGGAAAUGAGGUGUUGGGCCGGCAGCUUCUCAUCUAUUUGGCCCAGUACCUGUGUUCGGAGUAUAUUCUGGGAAACCAAAGAAUACAGACCAUCAUCAACACCACUCGCAUCCAUAUUCUGGCCUCCAUGAACCCUGAUGGUUAUGAACUUGCCUCCUCAGAGGUAGAGGAUAGGAAUGAUCAGGAGUUCUCCAACCAGGAAGGUCACUUGUUGAAUGCUUGGACAAAUGGCCGGAACAAUGCCCAAAAUAUUGAUCUGAAUCGCAACUUUCCUGACCUCACUUCCAUCUUCUACCGAAACCGGCGCAGCAGACGCUACCGUAUGGACCACAUCCCAAUCCCAGAUACGUAUUGGUUUGGGAAGGUAGCACCAGAGACCUAUGCAGUAAUGAAGUGGAUCAGGUCGUUGCCUUUUGUUCAGUCUGCCAGCUUCCAUGGAGGGGAGCUGGUCGUUUCCUACCCUUUUGAUUUCUCUAGACAUCCACAUGAAGAGAAAAUGUUUUCCCCCACUUCCGAUGAACAGGUUUUCAAGCAGCUGGCUCGCACGUAUGCUGAUGCCCAUGCCACCAUGUCCAAUAACGACACAGAGAGGUGCGGGGCUACCUUUUAUCGGACCCGGGGCAUCAUCAACGGGGCACUGUGGUACAGUUUUGCUGGUGGUAUGUCAGAUUUCAAUUACUUGCACACUAACUGUCUGGAGCUCACAGUGGAGCUUGGCUGUGACAAAUUUCCCUCUGAGGCCGAGCUUUACCCAGAAUGGAAGAGGAAUAAGGAAGCUUUACUCAGUUUAAUUGAGUCUGUACACAGGGGAAUUAAGGGAGUAGUUAAGGACACCGAAGGAAAUGGCAUAAAAGGAGCAACUAUCUCUGUCAGGGGGAUAAGGAAAGAUGUAACUACGGCUGAGGAUGGAGACUACUGGAGGCUGCUGAACGCUGGCACUCACAUCCUCACGGCCACAGCCAAAGGCUAUUCCAGGAUCAGUAAGAGGGUUUAUCUCCCUCACAACAUGAACAAGGCUGGACUGGUCCACUUUGUCUUGGAAAAGGUUCCUGUGGAGCCUGAUAUUGACGACCACCUCUUCCCCACCGUGGACAGCUGGGAUCGGUUUGACCCCUACAACCAGUUUGAGCAGAGUGAGCCCCAUGUUGGUGAGGGAGGGGGAGAGCGGCGGGAGAAACCAUGGUGGUGGAACUACUUCUCCACAUCUGGUAUCUCACCCCCAACUUGGCUUCUGCGAAAUGUGUAGAAAGAUUUAGGGGGAAAUGUACCACUGCAUAAGGAGGCUGCUGAUAAAUGGACCCAGAUCCACUUGUGCUUGCAGUGGCGUUUAUGUUGCAGAAACUGACACUGACAUUCUCAGAUGGUAAAUACACAAUCACUUAUGGGAGGAUGUGAAUAGCAUCCUUUCCACAAGCAAGCAAUAACUUAGAUUUUUGUCUGUGAAUGAGGUUUUGGCCAGUACUUGUUUGCGGAAAAUGCUGUAUCACAAGGAAAUAAGUAAGGUAUGGCAGCUACAAUCGUCCCCCAAAUUUGACUGUAUGUAAAAGCAAUGCCAUCAAUUUCACAAGAUGUUGGCUACUUUAGUGGACAUUAAAAAAAAAAAGAUUUUUGUUGCAGUAUUUUUGAAAUCCCAUUACAAUGGUUCACUAAAAUUAAUUCCCUGUAUCUAUAAUUUAACAAUAACAUGUUACCUUUUGAAAACCUUUUGUACCGAUUGUUGCAUCUGAUGUGAAGCACCAAAUUGAAAGCUUGUAUUAGUAGUAAUCUUGUGCAAUCUCUAUGUGAACUAUAUCCUUUUUUGCUUUAUUUGCAUUUCCUGGGCAUAAAGUAGUAUGACAAGAA